UAAUUGAGAAUGUGUAGAAUUAUUGCUUGUAAAUUUGAAUACACCAAUAUUUAAAUUUAAUACUUGGAAUUUUGUUGUUCUUUUAGAAUUUGUUGAAAUUUGUUAGAGAAGAAAUAGUGUCUGUACGCAAGAGAACUUUUCUGCAACCGUCAAAAGCAGAAACUCCCAUGGAACCUUAUGAAUUAUAUAAAAUUGACUUUCACCUUUUUGAAAUUAUGUUUAGAGCAAUUUCACCUUUAGCUAAAAAUAGUGGUGCUGACAAUAUAGUUGUUCGAAUAUUCAAGGUAUUUUGAAUAAUUUAAUGCGAUAAUAAUAUGAUUUAUACUUUCAUAUUUGUUUUUAGUUAAUGGACAUGAAUGACGAUGGAUUUUUAAACUUCCGUGAGUUAACAGCAGCAUUAGGUUUAACAUCUACAGUUGACAUUGCUUUAAGAUUUAAGAUUUUAUAUUUACUACAUUUACCACCACUUCUUACAAACGAUUUACUUUUUGUAACUGGGCCAAGUAAGAAUAAUUAAACAUAACUGAGUGACUAUAUAAGUUAAUUAAUUAAUAUAUAUUUUAUUAUUUUAUGUAAAUUAGAUAUUUCUGAGAAUGGAGCUGAAUAUGCCUCUGAUGCUGUAGAAUAUUUUGACACAAACAUUUUAAGUGGUACAAUAAGUGGUUAGUACUAAAUAUAUUCAGGGUAAUAAUUUGAUCAUAUUAGUGAUAAUUUACUUAGUAAUUAUUUAUAGAUCUUAUUUAAACUUUAUACAAAUAUUAUCUUUAUUUAUGUAAUAUUUAGGUUCAAUUUUUAAAUAGCUACUCAUAUUUGAAAAAAUAUAUUUUCAACAAAAUUUGACAUGCUUAAAUUAACUAGGUACUCUAAUUUAUAAACUAUUAAAUUAAUAUAAAACAAAAUUUAAAAAAGUAUUAUUUAUUUUUAGUCCAUGUAAUAAUUGUUAUUAAACUUUAAAAGUAGUAAAAAUAAGAGCUGAUUUAUGAUUAAAAAACAAAUCACUAUACAUUUAUUUUUUUGUAAGAGUAUAAUUUAAAAAGAACUUAUUUUGUACUUUUCUAUUGUAGAAUCUAGUCUGAAUGAUUUAAAAUUACUCAGAAAUUUUGCUGAUCAGAAACCAUCCUCAAAAACUCCUCAUAUUUGUUUACCAUCCAUGUCUGAGGAUCAAUUUGUUGCAUUGUGUAACACUAUGUACGAUCUUAUUGGGCAUUUGACUGUUAAUCAAGAAAUGUAUAAGAACAUAUCCAAAAUAAGUAAUUUGUCAUACUAUUAUACAAUUAUUAUUUUAAUGUCUCUUUAAUUAGAAUAUGUAUGAAUAUAAAAAUGUAGUUCAUAAUUUAAAAAUGAUAAAAUAUUUAUAUUCUAAUAUGUACACAUAUAUUUUUAAUCUAAAAAGAAAAAAAAAUGGUUUUCAGGUGCAAUUUUAUUGGAAAUUGGUAAUUUCAACAAAGAAGAAUCAAAUAAAGUAAGUAUUUGUAAAUAUAAGAAACAAUUAAAUAUAAUCAAUUAUUAUAAUAUGAUUGUAUGAUUAUUUAACACAGUCUAAUAAUCAAAAUAAUGGUGAAUGGUUUAUAAAUGCAGAACAGUUUGUGGCUACUGCACUCACUUUUCAGGAAUUGGUUGAUUUUAUUGGUCAAAAACCUAAUAUAGUAGAAGUUCUAAAUAAACUCCGAAAUAAUUGAAUAUUAAAAUUAAUAAAUUAUACAAAAUAAAAUUAAUGUGAUCUAUAUAUUGACAUCAUUAAUACCUCCAACAGGGUUUAACGUUAAAUAAUAUUUAAAUAAGUUUAUCCACUAUAAUAGCAUAUAUAUAUAUUUUAUUUUUAUAUAAUUAUUAUUAU